GGCAGAGAACCGAACGUUUUGCAGUCUCGAGCCACCAUUUGAGGUCAUCAAACGCUUUAUAUGACCUCAAAAACGCGAAAACACCACGAGUUUUUCAGUUUCCACCCAAAAAUACAACUCUAGCCGCGGUUUUUAGUGACAAAACACCAGUUUGUUACUGGUUUAGUGGUUCGUGUUAAGGUUUUUGAGGAAUCUGUCGGGCAGUGUGGAUACAAGUUUUUAAGGUGCAUUGUGAUACUUGGAAAGUGUUGUGUGAGCGAGUGAUGUUGCGAAGCUCGGAGGCUGGUGUGUGAGGUGGACUAUGGAAGGAUUGCUCCGGGAUUGAAGAUGUGGAAAAUUACUUUCUACGUUAAGUCUGUCAGGAAAAAGUGGACCGGUUUAUAAGCGGUCACCAUGUCGAGCGGCUCUUGCUCCGGGCCGGUCUGCGGGGGGGCGCGCCGCCGGCCCCCGCCGCCCCCUGAGCCCGCGCUCUCAUUGGCUGCGGACCUGAGCGAGCUGAGUCUGGACCAGGGGUACCACACGCUGGCUGACUGCGGCCCGCCGCGGAGACGACGGGAUAAUACGCUCAGUGACGCGCUGUGGUUCAAGAUUUUGUCGUAUCUUGAGGUAACCGACCUGGUCCGCAUGUCGCGCGUGUGCCGCCGCUGGGCGCGCCUGGUGUCCCGCCUCACCGCUCGCCCUGAAGUCUGGAAGCGAGUGCGCGCCGCCGGUCCGCUGGAGGUGGCGGCGAGGUGCGCCGGAGCCAGGGCUGGACCCUGCAUCAGUGCUGUCAAGGAGUGGAGGAGCAGGAGUAGCGUGGUGACAGUAGCAGGAGCCCAGCUCAUCGCGGCCACGUUCAGGCACCUCACGCACCUCGCGAUCACCGCGUCCACGAGUAUGGACGGACGCGCGCUGGCUCCCAUGAUCACCGACCUGACCGACUUGAGGCAUCUGGACCUGACUGGCUGCCCAAGCGUCGACUGGCCGGAGUGGGCGUGGCUCGAAGGGAAGUUAGCAACAAGACGUCCACCAAUAGAAUUCGUGGAUCUGACGGACUGUGGCUCCGUGACCGAUGCGGGCUUGUGCGCGCUACUUCACACCUGUCCCUCGCUGCAGUACCUGUAUCUGCGGAGGUGCACUCUAGUCACUGAUGCAGGAAUACGGUGGAUCCCCUCGUACUGUGCGCUGAAGGAACUCAGCGUCUCUGACUGUGUCGGUGUAACCGAUUUCGGACUUUAUGAAUUAGCGAAAUUGGGUCCAGCCUUGCGCUACCUCUCUGUCGCAAAGUGCACGCAGGUGUCCGAUUCCGGUAUCCGCACGCUGGCGCGGCGGUGCUACAAGAUGCGGUAUCUGAACGCGCGCGGGUGCGGCGCGCUGGGCGACGAGGGAGUGGAAGCGGUCGCGCGCGGUUGCUCCCGGUUGAGAGCACUUGAUCUGGGGGCCACUGAUGUGUCUGAGCCGGGGCUGCAGAUCCUGGCGCGAUGUUGUCCCAACCUCAAGAAGUUGGCUUUAAGAGGCUGCGAGUUGAUAGGCGACGACGGGUUGGAGGCGGUCGCGUACUACUGCCGGGGUUUGACCCAACUCAAUAUUCAGGACACGCCGGUCACACUCCGCGGGUACCGAGCCGUCAAGAAGUAUUGCAAGCGGUGCGUCAUUGAACACACCAAUCCGGGUUUUUGUUGAGUUUUCGUUUGUUGUGUUGUGGUUCUAAACUGGAAUUGAGUUUCGUUGGUUCUGAGUGCAAUGUAACGUUUUUUUGGAUUGGCUGCACUCGGAUUUAAAGUGACAGGUUCUAAAGUAAGUUUAACGGUGUGAAUUCUGUCACGCCAUGCACAGUUCUGAUUUGAAAUAAAUAAUAUAUUUUUUGUCAAAUAUUUUUGUAUGAUAAAUUUUAUAUUUAGUUAGUAUAGUUUUUCAAUCGUCGUAUUCUUAUAAAUAUUAAACUUACGAAGUGCCAUGAGGAGUUACAGUACAGGACCCGUAAAUAGUGAACUAACGAAAUAUUUCGGCAUGAGGUUCAUUUUUUUAUUUAAAAGUAAUGAAAUAUUACACCAUUAUUAAAACAUUAAGUUGAUAUUGAAAAUCAAAUAUUUCGUUGUUAAACACUAAGAGGUAAUUUUUUAUGUGAAAGAAAAGAUACAUAAUAAUAUUGUACAGGUAUUUUUCGAACAAUAAUAGCAAUGAUUUCCCUCCGGUUGUACAUAUUUAGGCCACAGACAAUCGUUUCCUUGUAGACCGUAUGUACAAUGUUUUAGUUAAUUAUUUAAUUAAGCUAACAUUCAACCUCUAGCACAAUGUUUUGAUUCGUAACUAAAUAAAUGUACUAUUGGAAAAUAUAUAUAUAUAUGUGCAUUGAGCACGUACAUAAGAGACUGAACAUUUUAUAAAAAGUGAAAAAAUAUACUGUGUUGAGUGUCAUAUGAAAUAUUAUUUGGUUCCACAAAAUUUUAUUGUAGAAAUUUGAGAAGUGAAGUGACCAUAACUUUAUUAAUUACUUCAAAAACAUUCUUACUACGUAUAUGUGUGUUGUUAUAUAGUUUAUCUUACUUGUACUAAAAAUAUAAAAAUAAGGAUACUUAUAUUAGAUACACAUAAGGUAACAUGGUUGCAAGUUUAAGUAAUGUUGUAAAGAGUUAUUUUAAUGAUGUAUGAUGUAAAUGUUGUAUCGUAUAUGUUCGUUGUUUUAAGUAUAUCUGAUUGCCAUUAUUUUAUAGGUGUUAUUAUUAAAUUAUGGUUCUCUAACG